AUUUUUUUUAAUAGCAACAUUUUUAGAAGUCACUUCACCACGCGAUUUGUGAUUGAAUUUCUUUUGUGGGAAUUUAAGUUUAUUCAGUUUUGCAUUUCGAUAGUCAAAUAAAUUUACCAAAUCAAAAUGUAUGGACAACAACCAAUUAUAGUUUUGAGCCAAAACACAAAACGUGAAUCGGGCCGGAAAGUUCAAUUGGAGAAUAUUACUGCUGGAAAGACGAUAGCAGACGUUAUACGAACAUGCCUCGGACCGCAGGCUAUGUUAAAAAUGCUGAUGGACCCCAUGGGAGGCAUCGUAAUGACGAAUGACGGCAACGCCAUCCUCAGAGAGAUCACUGUGCAGCACCCUGCAGCUAAAUCCAUGAUAGAAAUCGCUAGAACUCAAGACGAAGAGGUUGGGGACGGCACAACAUCUGUGAUAGUGCUAGCCGGAGAGAUGCUAGCAGUGGCAGAGCAGUUCCUCACACAGAAUAUCCACCCCACAGUGAUCAUAAGGGAGUACCGGCAGGCGCUGGAGGAUGCCAUCAAACUGUUGCAGGACAAGAUCUCCGUACCUAUUGACCUUAACGACAGGGACAAGCUUAAGGAAGUGAUCCGAUCCUGUGUUGGUACAAAGUACAUUGGCCGCUGGGCGGACCUGGCUGUUGACAUUGCAUUAGAUGCUGUCAACACAGUCACUAUUAAUGAUAAUGGACGAAUUGAAGUAGAUAUCAAAAAUUACGCAAAAGUGGAGAAGAUCCCCGGCGGCACGGUGGAGGAGUCCAAGGUGCUGAACGGCGUGAUGGUCAACAAGGACGUGACGCACCCCAAGAUGCGGCGCUACAUCGACAACCCGCGCAUCAUACUGCUGGACUGCCCGCUCGAGUACAAGAAGGGCGAGAGCCAGACCAACAUUGAGAUCGUCGGCGAACAGGACUUCACGAAACUGCUUCAACUGGAAGAGGAGCACGUACAGCGACAGUGCGAGGAGAUCAUUGCGCUGAAGCCUGAUGUGGUGAUGACUGAGAAGGGAGUCUCGGAUCUGGCCCAGCAUUACCUGGUUAAAGCUGGCAUCACCGCUGUCCGCAGGUUACGCAAAACGGACAACAACCGCAUUGCGCGCGCGUGCGGAGCUACCAUUGUCAACCGCACGGAGGAGCUGAAGGAGGCUGACGUGGGCACGCAGGCGGGCCGCUUCGAGAUCAAGAAGAUCGGCGACGAGUACUUCACCUUCAUCACCGAGUGCAAGAACCCCAAGGCGUGUACGAUCCUACUGCGCGGCGCGUCCAAGGACAUCCUAAAUGAGAUCGAGAGGAAUCUGCAGGACGCGUUACACGUCGCCAAGAAUUUGGUGCUGAACCCGCGGCUGGUGGCGGGCGGCGGCUCGGUGGAGAUGGCGGUGUCAGCGGCGCUGUCGGCCAACGCGCCGCACUCCACGCCCUACCGCGCCGUCGCGCAGGCGCUCGAGAUAAUUCCGCGCACGCUGGCGCAGAACUGCGGCGCGAACACGAUCCGCACGCUGACGGCGCUGCGCGCGCGGCACGCGGCGGGCGCGGGCGCCGCCGGCAUCGACGGCGAGACGGGCGAGAUCGUCGACAUGGCCGCCAAGGCCAUCUGGGAGCCGCUCGCCGUCAAACUGCAGGUAUACAAAACAGCGGUGGAGACAGCGAUCCUGCUCCUCCGGAUCGACGACAUCGUGUCGGGCUCCAAGAAGAAGAACGCGGAGCCGACCGCGCCCGCGGAGGCCGCCAUGAUGCAGGAAUAAGCGCUUUGUUGCAUGCUCAGAGAUGUUUGUGUUGUCCUAUCUCGGAAACCUUGCCUUUGGAUGAAUGACAGGGUAAUUUUAUGCGUUUGUGUUCCAGCACAGUGGAAAUUGUGUAAACAACACAGUGUUACUAAGUCCUUGUCCAGAAGGGUCGAAUUCGUCGCGAAUCGUAUCGCGCGAAUUCAUACGCGCGUUGUCGAAGUACUAGACAUCAAAAUACGCGCGUAAAUUGCGUGCACUACGCCAGACUCGACGCGCGCUUGUUUCUCGCGUAUUGCGCGCGAGUCGAGAUACUAGGGACGCUUUGUUGCGUCCAGUUAACGCGCGAACUCUAGAGCGAACUCCAUAUUUCGUACUGAAUUAUUCCCCAAAUGCUCGCGCGUUGGUACGCCUACCUUGUAGACGCAACGGUAAUUCGCGCGAGAGAAUCGCGCGCGCAUUCGCCCUUUUUGGACUGAGCCUCAAUGGAGACAUGGCUUGAGUUUUAAAAUGCGUGCUGCCAUCUGCAAGGCACAGUAAAACAGUGUUUGUUAUUUUAAACUACCACUAGAUGGCGUUUACAAAGAACUUUGAAACAAUCUCUUUUUAAUUGAACACUAAGGACGUGUUGCUAUGCAGUUAUGCCUAAGGCCCAUAGAUGGCGGUUUUUUUUUUUAAAUUUUGUACAGUAUGAAAUACUAAACAUACUAAUUUUUUUUAAUCCAGGGACUUAGUGUCUGAGUCUUCUUGGUGUUGGUCGAAUCUUUUCGCUAUAAGACCAUUGAUUGAUACUACUAUCGGAUUAAAAUUAAUUGUUGAUUGAAAUUGAAAAAAAAACGUGUGCGUCUCGGGACGCUCGGCAGAUAUGAUAACUUAAACCUGUCGCCGUAUGUGUGAGAGAAUGGGAAGCCAAAGUGGCGCCGUAACGCGUUACGUUACGAAGCGGUUUACCCUCCUAUAAGAAGUUGUUGCUUAGUAAUUUGUUGACUUGUUGGUUUAAACAAUAUUACUUCUUUGCUGAUGCUCAUUCAGUGUGAAACUCAAUGUACUUUCAUCCAAAAAAUUCAAACAUCUCUGAUUAUGGACAUUUUAGCAAUAAAUAAAUAUUUUAUUUUUACAAUGUAAUAAUUUGUUUCAUUCAGAAUAUGGUCAAGCACACCUUAAUAAUAGUUUUUUUCAUAUGAAACAAAUGAUUACAAUAAUUAACAUUUGCAACGUAUUAACAGAGGCCUUCUGUGUUGAUUGUGUUAGGUACAUGCUAGGAGUGAACGGUGUCACCAUAAUGUAUGAUGCACACUAAAAACAUUUUCAACUAGUGAAUAAUUGAAUUAUUUUGCUUUUAUCCGCGAAAAAGCUACAAAUCGUAAGUAAAAGGUAGUUUUUAAUGUUACCGGCAGUGGCGUACACCAGGUUCUUAAUUAGGGUAUGCACUUUAAGUAAAAAUUGGAAAAUUCAAAGAGGAUUUUGACGGCUUCCGUGGCGCAGUGGUAUGCGCGGUGGAUUUACAAGACGGAGGUCCUGGGUUCGAUCCCCGGCUGGGCCGAUUGAGGUUUUCUUAAUUGGUCCAGGUUUGGCUGGUGGGAGGCUUCGGCCGUGGCUAGUUACCACCCUACCGGCAAAGACGUACCGCCAAGCGCGAUUUAGCGUUCCGGUACGAUGUCGUGUAGAAACUGAAAGGGGUGUGGAUUUUCAUCCUCCUCCUAACAAGUUAGCCCGCUUCCAUCUUAGACUGCAUCAUCACUUACCAUCAGGUGUGAUUGUAGUCAAGGGCUAACUUGUAAAGAAUAAAAAAAAAAGAGUAUGUACGAGUAUUCUGUGAUCCAACAUAGGUUUAUAUUGAGUCCUUAAGGUAGACAGUGCAUUUUUGCAUCUAUGAAUUGCAUGCCACAGGUUACCGGUACUACUUUCUUUGUAAACCUGCUUUCUGAUGAAUAAAUAAAUUAUUAUUAUUAUUAUUACUUAGACCUGUAGGUCUAGCACGCGACCAACUAGUCUCUUUCUGUUGACAAGUCUAUUUCUCUUCACGAGACAUGUCGGUGGUCGCAUGUUAGGCCUACGGGCGUGAAAUGGACCAUAUCCUUUGUUUUUCUGUUUUUCGUCAUGCUCACAAUGAUAUACUGCAAAGUAUUUUUUUAAUACAAAUGUGGGGUGCCAACUAAAAAUAAUUUAUACUCAGAGGCACAAUUAUUCGCCCAUUUAACAUACUCGCGUCAUAUUAAAGUGGGCGGAUAGUUGUGCCUCUGAGUAUAGUUUUAACGUCACGUUUUCGCGGUAAACUGCAAAAAAAUUUUGUUAUUAUUUUACAUUUGGACUUGCUAAAGUUCAAAUGCUCGCUUAUAAUCAAUAUGAUGCCUUAAAAUACUUAUAUUUACUAUAACGUGGUAGUAUUGUUUAGAUAUGUUUAGUUUCGUUAUUUAUGUCACAAGUGUGUCGUCUAACAUCGCUAGCGCGUUUAUGUUCGAGAAUGCUAUUUUUAAACGGAUGAAAAUAAUAGUAUUAAAAAUUGUAAUAUCUA